GCUCGUCCUUCGUACGAGCAAUAGGCAGCGGCAUUCUGAUGCUCGAAAAUUGUGUGCAGAGAUUAGGGUUUUACGACGCGACGGAGUGGACUGUGGUUUGUCUCGACAAUCCGUGGAGUCUGAUUCGUGGGGGGUUGUGUUCGGAGAACCUUACGAGAGGGUUGUGGGUUUCAGCAAGGAGCGGUGGUUUGGAUUGAAGGUGUGCAGAUUUGUGUGAGGGUUUGCGCACUUAAAGAGUGAGCUCGGGAGAGUCCGCAGCUGACCCGGCCAAUUGCGUUUGCUGUUCUACGGAUUUUACAUGCCGUCCAGUCUAUUGGGAUAUCUGAGAAUUAGAUCUGCUUGAGUCGACAUUUUGUGCAACUGGCGAAGACGGACCCUCAAGUUUUAUGUAGGGUUUUACCUUCGCUGGUAGUGGAAUUAUGAAGAAAUGAAGCAGAGCAUUGCGUGGGACGUGGAACAAAUGGCAGGGAGCACAAUGGACGGUUGAAUUGAAGUUGGUGCUUCAUGAAGCGCGGGAUUGAUUUGCUGUCUGCGCAAUGCUUGACGAGUGCCUGAUGUACUCGGUGGGUCUAGGAUCGAAGGAAAGGAGUUCAUAGAAAGAAACACGGUUAUUAAAGGGUGAACCAGAGGAAGGGUGUCCAUCAGGAGAGCACAUGCUACGGGUAGUGAUAAACCAUUGAGAAAGCUAGAGACGAUACAGGGUUUAAGUCAGGGAUCAUGUCUGCUCCCAUAUAUGAUGGGACCGUCGGAGAUCGGCUAGUCAACAUGACCGGGAGAAAGCCUGGAAGACGUAUCAAGGGAGACCUCGGUACAAAUGACGAAGAUGAACGGCGUGAAUUUAAGAAAAUUUUGAAAGAGGUCGAGGAAUUAGGAACCUCGCAGCUGGAGUGGAAAGAGCGCAAAGCCUUGGAGCAGAAGAAGCUUUUAACUCUUGGUGCCAAGCCAAAGAAAUCCUGGAAGAUGCCUAUAUCGAUGGGACUGAGCGUGAAAAGGAAACGAGAACAAGCUGAAUCGGAUAAAGUGGAGGAAUUGCUGGCAGGUUUGCGGCCGAACAAAAGCAGGAGGAAACCGCCGCCUCCAAGAGACAGCACAGAGGACAAAGGUUUGCAGGCUUCGGAAGGGAAAUUCAGAGGGGGUGUACUGUAUGUGAAACCACUUGUCAAAGCACCUGUAGAGACGAAGCGUCGAGGUGGUGAUCGUUCUCUAGAUAGAGUUUUUAGUGAUGGAAAGGGCAGGAAGGGAGGCGGAAAGAAGGGUAAAGGUAAGGGGAAAGGUAAGGGUGGUGGUAAGAAAGGUGGAGGUAAGAGAAAAAGGUGAGCUCACCGCGGACAGGAGUCAGCUGUUACAUAGUUUUGCCGAUGUACAGAGCACAUGGAAUGAGGUUUCUAUAAUCGAUUCGAACACGUGGAACUUACGCGUUCAUUGGGUGUUUC